UCGAGACUCGAUCGAGAGAGGGAGAGAGAGUAAUCCAUGGCGACUUGUGGAGUGAGGAAGAUGAAGCUGGGAACCCAAGGCCUUGAGGUAUCGGCGCAAGGCCUUGGUUGCAUGGGCAUUUCCGCUUUCUACGGUCCUUCCAAGCCUGAAACCGACGCAAUCGCUCUUCUUCACCACGCAAUUGUCUCCGGGAUCACUUUCCUCGACACCUCCGAUGUCUACGGUCCCGAAACCAAUGAGUUGCUCAUCGGAAAGGCUCUGAAGGUUGAUGGAGUGAGGGAAAAAGUGGAACUUGCGACCAAAUUUGGUGCCACUUAUGCAGAGGGAAAGCGAGAGGUAAGGGGAGAUCCUGCGUAUGUGAGGGCUGCGUGUGAAGCAAGCUUAAAGCGGCUAGAUGUUGCCUGCAUUGAUCUCUAUUAUCAGCAUCGGGUCGAUACUCGUGUCCCUAUCGAAAUCACUAUGGGAGAACUGAAGAAGCUGGUUGAAGAAGGUAAAAUAAAGUACAUUGGUUUAUCUGAAGCCUCUGCCUCAACUAUCAGAAGAGCGCAUGCGGUUCACCCAAUAACUGCUGUGCAGCUAGAGUGGUCCUUGUGGACGAGAGACGUGGAAGAAGAAAUCGUUCCAACCUGCAGGGAACUUAGGAUUGGGAUUGUUGCUUACAGUCCUCUAGGACGAGGUUUCUUCGCAUCUGGACCCAAACUUGUUGAGAAGCUAGACAAUGAUGACUUCAGAAAGACUCUACCAAGAUUCCAACAAGAAAACUUAGACCACAACAAGAUUCUGUACGAGAAGGUUUGUGCAAUGUCUGAGAAGAAAGGAUGCACUCCAGCACAACUAGCACUCGCGUGGGUUCACCACCAGGGAGAUGAUGUUUGCCCCAUCCCAGGAACCACCAAGAUCGAAAACCUUAACCAGAACAUUGGCGCUUUAUCAGUGAAACUCACUCCAGAAGAUAUUGCUGAGCUUGAGGUCAUUGGCCAACCUGAGUCUGUUAAAGGAGACAGAUACACGGCCAUGGUGCCCACCUUCAAGAACUCCGACACUCCACCGUUGUCUUCUUGGAAAGCCUCAUAAAACCGGUUGAGAGUCUCUCUGGUUAUGGUGAUACGUACAUGGGAUCGAAGUGGUUUAGCUUAUGUCUGC